GUGGAAAUAGGGGAAGGGGUCAGAUUUAUCCUGAUGGUAGCAAAAGUAACAAUACAGUUUAUAAUGCUACGGCAGGAGGGAUAAUAAGCAAAAUUUUACGAAAAGAAAAAGGGGGAUACGAAAUAACCAUAGUGGAUGCAUCGAAUGAACUCCAAGUAAUUGAUAUUAUCCCUCGAGGCCUAGAACUUCUUGUUUCAGAGGGCGAAUCCAUUAAACUCGAUCAACCAUUAACGAGUAAUCCUAAUGUGGGUGGAUUUGGUCAAGGGGAUGCGGAAAUA